AUGGCGAGUAAUAUGCGAGGUUUGACCGUGUUUAUCGCGGAUAUAAGAAAUUGCAGAGUGAGAGAACUAGAAGAAAAACGAAUUAAUAAAGAGAUGGCAAACAUUCGCGCAAAGUUUAAAGACGGAAAUUUAAAUGGUUAUCAGAAGAAAAAAUAUGUGUGUAAAUUAUUAUAUAUGUAUAUACUUGGUUGGGACAUUGAUUUUGGGCAUAUGGAGGCAGUUAAUUUAAUUUCGAGUAACAAAUACAGUGAAAAACAAAUUGGGUACCUGGGAGUAACUCUUUUAAUGCAUGAAAAUCAUGAUCUUGCGCGAUUGGUCGUUAAUUCAAUAAGAAAAGAUCUUGGAGAAUUUAACGAAAUUUACAAUUGCCUCGCUCUGCACUCUAUCGCCAAUAUUGGUGGCAGAGAAAUGGCAGAUUCUUUGGCAAAUGAUGUUCAUAAGCUUUUAUUAUCACAAAAUUCUAAAAGCUUUGUUAGAAAAAAGGCUGCAUUGACAUUAUUACGUUUAUACAGGAAACAUCCAGACGUUAUUCCUGCUGCGGAUUGGGCAGAGAGAGUCAUUACGCUUUUAGAUGACAGUGAUCUCGGUAUAACAUUAUGUGCUACAAGUCUAAUAAUGGCGUUAGCCCAAGAUAAUUUGGAAGAAUAUAAAGGCUGCUAUGCUAAAGCAGUAAAUAGAUUAUCAAGGAUAAUAAUUGACAAAGAAUAUUCACUUGAUUAUGUAUAUUAUAAAGUUCCAAUACCUUGGUUACAAGUUAAACUUCUUCGAUUAUUACAAUAUUAUCCUGCAUCAGAGGAUCGUGAUACCAGAAAUGAUUUACAUAAUAUACUUCAAACAAUACUUAAUAAUUCUCAAGAUACUCAAAAAAAUGUUCAACAUAAUAAUGCACAGAAUGCGGUAUUGUUUGAAGCGAUAAAUCUGGCUAUUCAUUUAGAUACUGAAUCACAAAUUGUUAAUCAAGCAGCGGUUUUACUUGGAAGAUUCAUUACAGCCAAAGAAACAAAUGUUAGAUAUUUAGGGUUGGAAACAAUGGCACAUUUGGCUGCUUGCUUGGAUUCUUUAGAACCAGUUAAAAAACAUCAAGAUACUAUUUUAUUAUCUUUACGUGAUAAAGAUAUUAGUGUUCGACGUAGAGGACUUGAUCUUUUAUAUAGUAUGUGUGAUGUAACUAAUGCAAAAGUAAUUGUAACUGAAUUAUUACGAUAUCUUAAUAUUGCAGAUUAUGCUUUAAGAGAAGAAAUGGUACUUAAAAUAGCAAUUUUGACAGAAAGAUUUGCUACAGAAUAUCAAUGGUAUGUGGAUAUAAUUUUACAACUUAUAAGUACGGCGGGAGAUCAUGUAGGUGAAGAAGUAUGGUAUCGAGUUGUACAAAUUGUUACAAAUAAUGAAGGACUUCAAGAGUAUGCUUCAAGAACUGUACUCAUUCAUUUAAAAUCACCAGCUUGUCAUGAAAAUUUAGUUAAAAUUGGGGGAUAUAUUUUGGGUGAAUUUGGACAUCUUAUUUCCAAUGUACCUGGCGCUAAUCCCAUAGAACAAUUUCAAGCCAUUCAUUCAAAAUUCGGGAUGUGCACUCUUCAAACUCGUGCAUUACUUUUGACCACAUAUUUUAAAUUCAUUAAUCUAUUUCCAGAAAUUAAAGGAGAAAUUUUAACCGUUUUUAAUCAGUAUCGUCAUGCAUUAGAUUCAGAAUUACAACAGCGUGCAUCCGAAUAUUUGUCUAUGGCAACUAUGCCUAGCGAAGAUCUUUUACAAACUGUAUGUGAAGAAAUGCCACCUUUCCCUGAGCGAGAAUCAGCUCUUUUAUCAAGGUUACAUCAAAAAAAUUCAGAUACGGAAGAUAAACGAACUUGGGUUCCAGGAAGUAAAGAAGCAAAUAAAGAAAGAGAAAUUAAUCUAAAAACAUCUUUCGCCCAAAGAAAUAAUUCUUUCGAAUUCAAAAGUAAAGAUGAAUCUAAUGGUAAUGGCGAAGCUGACAUACUUUCAAGUUUAGAUAAAAAAUGGUUUGGUAAAUUAUUAUACAAUAAUGAAGGAAUAUUAUAUGAAAAUGAUCAACUUCAAAUUGGUUUGAAAUCAGAAUAUCAUAGUCGUUUAGGGCGACUUGCAUUAUAUUUUGGUAAUAAGACAAAAGAAAAUUUUAUAUCAUUUACAACUGUAGUGGAGAAUAUUAAUGAUCUUAUAAUCACCACACCACAAAAACCAUCAACAAUAUUAGCACCAGCUAGUCAAACUCAACAACUUUUUCAUAUCGAAUGUCAGGAUGUAUUUUAUGAAUUACCAAAUAUACGAAUAUCUUAUAUUUCAGGGAAAUUUCAUACAAUUUGUAUAAAAUUACCUAUUACAUUAAAUAAAUUUAUGGAACCUAUCCAAUUAAAUGGUCCAGAAUUUUUCGCCAGAUGGAAACAAAUCGGAGGGGAUCAACGAGAAAAACAAAUUGUUUUUAAAUCCAAUGUUCCAAUAAACAUUCAAGGAAUUCGUAAAAUGAUUUCAGGAUUUCGAUAUGAAGUAUUAGAAGGAGUUGAUACAAAUCCUCAUAACGUAGUAGGUGCCAGUGUAUUAUAUACUUCAGAGGGAGGAAUGAUUGGUUGUCUUUUACGUUUAGAACCUAAUGUAGAUACACAGAUGUAUCGAUUAACAAUUCGCACUACAAAUAAUACUGUAACAAAUGAAUUUUGUAAAUUAUUGGAACAAAGAUUAAUGAAUGACUUGAUUUAA